UUAAGUUUAAAACGUCAAAAUUCUGUUCGUUUGGUUUCGCUUUGCUGUAAAUCUUCAAAAUCGAAUUAAUUUAUGAUUUUAUUUGAUAAAAAUUACAUUAUUUGAUCAAUACUUCUUCAAUCGCACGGUUGGAAUAAAAUAAGGUUUAUAUCCAGCUAGUUAAACCACUUAAAUACCGUUCUGAUAAGGACAUAGAGUAACAAGUUUAUAAAAAACAUGAAGUCGUUCUAACUAUCUACGUAGCGUGUAAAUAUUGUAUUCGCCGGCCUUCGGAGUGAUUUGUCUUAUUAUUGACUGGACUCGGCCAGAAUCGAUGGACGUAGACGUCGACAGCUGGUAACAUGGCCCCGCAACGCAACAAUGAGCAUCGCCAUUCCGGAAACCCGACUGGCACCAUUCCGAAAACGAAAGUGAGGAACAACUGCAAUGUCCCUCAAGAAGCCGUGACUCCGACUCGCCGCGAUAUGACCAUGACGUCCAAUCUUGUCUCGACUUCCCUUGACUGGGUCCCCGUGUCAGAGUACAACUCAAGAUCUAAUUAUAACCAGUCGAGGAAACCAGCUAAUAAUUCGGACCACGAGUUGACAGAUUUGGAAAACUCAGCAACAUUUGACAGUGGCUUUGGGCGGUUCGUCCCGGUGCGACCGCAGCCUCGUGUUUUACCACUGAACGUUCAGAGGGACUCACUCACUGCUGACCACAACGACGAUGGUGCGGGGUCCACAGCGUCAGGGUACAGCCAGCAUGGGUACCCGCAUGCUAUGCAGAACGGCCUAAACCCGCAUUCGAACCACGCGGCCGCGGCUGUCAUGAUCGUGAACCCGACCACGCCUAAUGCUGUCACUGGGAACAUAUCACAGCCUUAUAACGCACCCGGCAACCAGACUCGUAACAACUUGUCGCGCAACCUGAACGCACCGCGCAACAACCUGGACGCGCCCGCGCGCGCCAAGACCGUCAACCUGGAGAGCAACAUGUACGAGCAGGGCAGCAACGGGAGCGAUAAUGGGCGGCGCGCGGCGGCGGCGUGUCCGGACGCGGCGGCCGUGGAGCGCCGUCUGGGGCAGAUCCGCGAGUACAUCCGCGUCACCUCCUCGCUCGUGGACACCAUGCGCGGGUCUGAAGAUGAGGCCUAUAUCGAACACACCAAAGAGGAAUACGACGAAUUAGUAGGAAUGGUAAUGAAACUGAAGGAGAGUGAAACGAAACUCGUGAAUUUGUUGGAAGACAAAGAGCCUGAUAACAUUGAGGUGCCGGCCGAUGAGGCUGAGGCAGACACUGCACCAGCGUCCAUACCUAUAGUAGUCACCCCGGCUGAGUCACCGGAACCUGUAGUCAACGAAGAUAUUGCUAAAACCCCAGCUGUAAAAGAUAGCACUGCAACUCCAGUUGUUAAAGAUAAUAACACUGCAACUUCAUCUGUAAAAGAUAAUACCACUGCAAAUCCCGCUGUAAAAGCAAGCAAUACCGAUUUGGCUCAAGCACUCAAAAAAGUAACCAACAUUGAAAAUGAACAGUUGAAUAAAACUCUACAAAGCAAUGUAGUUAGUAUCGAAGAAGUGGUUACUCCAGAUACUAAGCCUCCAGAAGUGGUUACAGAAAUUAUCAAAGUUAAAAUACCAGAAAGUGUAGUUAUAGCUGAGGAGAAUGUCGUCGAAAAUAUCAUAGAAAUUAAAGAAAUUGACACAUCUCCACUCAUUGACAUAGAAGUAGAGAAAGAAGAACAUGUAAUAGACGACACAUUAAGACAAAACAUACUAUCGUGCGUCGAAAAAGUAGCGCGAAUCGAGGAAAUGAAAAACAAAAACGUUUCGACAAGUGAAUCCGAUAAUCAGGAUGUAGUGGUGCGUCCGAUGUCUUCACAGAGCAAUGGCUCGGCGUACAGCGAAAAUGAACUCUGGCAGAAUGAGAUAAAGAACAAAAUGGAGAUCUCCCAACAACGCCUGGCCGCGCUGAAGCAGCAACAGAAGCGACUGCUGAAGUAUCAGGAGGAAGCAAAACAGCAGCUAGAAGAGAUGCACCGCGCGAGACAAGAGCAGGAGAUGCAGCCGUCCCGCUCGCACGACAACCUGGCCGCAGUGCAGAACCAACUCAACGGCCAUCACCAGCAGGCGCCAAAGCAACGGGUUUCCGUCGCCAACCAAGCAGGACUGCCAUCACUGCCCACACGCCGCGCCUCGGCCAACGUCGACCACUCGGACAGCGGACAGAGAGAGGAGGCUUCCGGUGGCGAGGCGGAGGACGAGGACGGGCUGUCGGACCGCGGCCGCCAGCUCACCAUGAAGCUCAGAGAGCUGCAGAUGAAGAAGCAACACAUGGAGUCGCUGGUAUCGGAGUUCCAAAAGCUACAAAUGGCGACCCGUUUGGAAAGCUCCCACAACACCUACUCAAGCUCCGGAGAGGAAAGCUUAGAAGAAGAACCGACACGGAAAUGUAACAAACCUAGUGGUUCCAAUAAUAAAAACGAGGAUCCAUUUAAACUAAUGGAAAUUAAAGCUAUAAAGCAAGCACUGCAAAAAACUAAGGAUCUGAUGCGUUCAGUGGAGAACUACGAGGAGGAGCGCAGCCCGAGCGCGCACGACGAGCCCUUCCAGAUGACGGCGCACGCUAAUAACCAUGACAAUAAAUCCGACGGCAGCGCGGGCGGCUGGUCCAACGAGGGCAGCGUGCGGCGCGUGCGCAACUCACUACCGCCGCGACACAAGUACACCAAUGAACAACACGAGCAGCAUCAGAGUCACGAGGCGAACAUAGCGUCGCUACAAGAAAUGGCUCAGGAGCUGCGAAUGGAGACUGAGAAGAUAAUGGGCGAACGAGCACGGCUCAAGGACAUCGUCUCUAAUAAAGCAGAAUUCCGUCGCAAGCAACAGUCGAACUCGGAGGCAGCUCAUAGUUCCCACAACGCCCACAGCUCUCAGAACAUCCACACUUCCCAGAACGUCCAUAGUUCCCAAAACGUCCAUAGUCCUCACAACGCCCAGACCUCUCAAAACGACCAGGGUCCCCAGAACCCCUAUGCUCACCUCGGCUACGUGCCGGGCCCGGCCGAGCGGAGGCAGAUGCAGCUGCGAGCGAUAUUGGCAGAGAAACAGAAGGAGUUGGAAUCUCUACUCAACAAAGAGAAGGUUCUUUGUGGUCCGGAGACGCAAAUGAAGCCGAAUUCUCGCGCCGCAUCCAUCGUGAAUCAAUCGUACAAUAGCGAACAAGAAGAGCCAGAUUCACGCUCGGAGCAAAUCAUGAUUCACAAUGAAGCACAAAACGCUAGAGAGAAUGAAAAUUACAGGGGCGGUGGCGACAGCAGUCUAAGUGGUAGACCUAUCAACGCUCUACCGUCAAAUCUUGGAAGCGUAUACGCCAGCGACAGCGAUAGUGCAUCGCGGACAAAGUCGAAUCAAAGAAACCGCAGUCGCAGAAGGCCGCCACAAGAUCGCCAGCCUGAGGAAACUCCUCAAUCCCCACUUUCCCACCCGCACGUGAAUAUCAACCCGGGCGUGCGCCACGAGCCUCGCGUCGACACCGUCAACGUCAACACCGUCCCGCCCAUGAUGCCGCACGGAGUGGACGCGCUUCCCCCCAUGCCGUACCUGCCCCCGCCGUGCUGGGGCAAGCCCGACGAGCGCAUCUACCCCUCUCCGCUGAAUUACGCCAUGCCGCCGCCGCCCGGCGCCCUACCGAUGUCGUCAUGCGCGUGCGCGUGCGCGCUGUGGGCGGCGUGGAGCUGGCAGCAGUGCGCGCUGCAGCAGCGGGAGACGCUCGCGCUGCGCCAGCAGAUAGCCAGCUUGGAGGAAAGAUGGCGGUCCAGUGUGGAGACGGCGUCGCACACGCUCAACAACCAGGUGCCUCCUGGAAACCGGGCUAACAACUACUGGGAUAACUUUAGAAGUUACUCCCGCCAAAACCUCCUAUCAGCCAGUAGCAAGACGAACGCAGACGGUCAUCUGGGCGUGGUCCCGCAGCACAACCCGCACCCAUUGGUCGAGCGAUCGCACAACACACUGCACGCCGCCCCCGCCCCCACACCCCCGUCCAAUACCCCCAAGCGAAACAUCAACGCGUCGACCACUCAGAACACGGCACAGACCAACCAGCCAAUCAACAACGCGGAAGAAUUCACCAAUAGGCACGGCCGCAGCAACGUCACGUAUGAAAGAUCGCUGUCGUUCUCUUCCGCGCCUGACGUUCUGAAUUUAAACCAGAACAACGAGCAGGAAGCUAGCUCCAGCCAAGCCAGGAAUUUAGACGAUGUCAACAUCAACCGCCAGGAACCAGCUAACUCUUUUCGGAAUUUGAAUAUAACGAACCCGAUACCAGAGAUUAUACAGUCGCACGCGAACAAUAUUAAUACCACGUCGAACUCGCUGAAUAGCAAGAAGAAAUCCUGUUCCAAACUGCCGGCUAAAAACUCGGCCAACAGACGUAAUAACGCACUAGAUUACUCGCAGACUAGCAACAUCAAUAUAGCGAGCACGUCAGAGGCACCCAACCCUAACCUCGCCUCCGCAAAUCGUGAGGUCAAUGAUAAAGCCACAACUAAACUCUUUGAGUUCCUCAGAGAGAAUGUGUACUCGGAAGUGACAGCCCUCAUCGGAGUGAACGAAUCUCACCCAGACUUCCUCAUACAGCUGUUCAGAGAACUACAGCUGAUUAGCUCGGACCCUCUGAGGCACCGGGUGCUACAGUCUAUUAGGAGUGUGCUCUCCCAAUACCCACCGAUAAUAGAAAAUGAGAAUAACGAACAUAUCGCGAACGAGGAACAAAUGGGCGACACGGUGACCACCACGACCCACGAGACUACCAGCUACCAAGAAAACGCCAUGCAGGAACCAAACUCUUCCAACACAAACUCACAAAACGACAAUGGCAUCGUCCACUUUUUGUUCCUAAAAAGCGAAGACGUAUGCUCGCCCGAACUGCUAGACAUGUUGGCCUCCGUCAUAAUAAACAGCUCUAACAGCCGGCAGCAGUUAUCCAAGAAACGCAUUCUAGAAACCCUCGCCAAAUACGAAGGAAGCCGUGUUUGUGACGUAUCUGGCGAAAUACUCGAAAGCCUAUCUCUAAUGUUGUCUGUGAACAACGACGGCGACGAAUCGACGCAACACACCGGCGAGUCAGAGUCUUCCAUACUGCAAGACGUGGCGGGGUCACUGAACCUGUUCAGCUCUAGCGACACCCAGCUUCACCAAAUGAACGGGUUUCCCUACGACAUGUGGACGGGGCAUAUGGAGCUCGACCAAGGAGAGGACAACGCUCGCAACGACGGGAAGCUUGAUCUUAUAAACUGUUCCGAGAUGCUGAAUGGGGAGUUGGCUGAGGCUGACCAGACGUGCCCGGAGCCGCCGCCGCCGGAGUUGCCAGAUGUCGUCGAGGACGAGACCACGCCCACUGAGGCCGAAGCGGAAUGGCUGGGGCUGGACCGAGUGCCCACCAGGCUGCACACGGAAGACUCAUCUGAAAAUCAAAAAGGUAACGUUAGCAACUUCAUACUGCUAGAUCAAACACUCAAACCAUAGGCCCUCCGGCCCGCCCUGCGUUUGAGCGAACCUGAAAUCUAUAAAGACAUGAAUUAAAUCUUCAUUUACUCCAUCUGAAACAGAGAAACAGAAUAGAAGAGAAUUAAUAGUUUGCUUUCUUUACAGAUUAAUUUGAAGAGCUUUCUCAAGACUUUAAUUUAAAUUAACUUUAUUUAUUGCAUUGUAUGUUCCUUUAACUUGAUGUAUCUCAAUGUUCAUACUGUAAGUAUUAUAUUACUAGCAAUAAAAUGUAUUAUUCAAGAUUA